UCUCAGUCCUCGCAUCUCGUGUCAAAACAGAGGUCUCCUAUCAGUUUGUACGAAAACACGUGUUCGUAUUUUUGUAAUGUAAAAUGGGUGUCGAAAGCAACGUUGAAUAUUUAAUUGUGGAUACGAGUGCAUUUAUAAAAAAUGCAGCGUUACAGGAAAUCGGAAACAAAAUUAUCACCGAACCAAGCGUCGUAGAUGAAAUUAAAAGCAAAAGGCAGCUUAGGAGAUUGAUUGUACUUCCAUAUGACCUAGAAGUUAAAGAAGCUUAUCCAGAAGAUAUAAAAUUUGUGACUGAAUUUGCCAAGAAAACGGGUGACUACAUAAGUCUUUCAGCGACUGAUAUCAAAGUUAUUGCACUUACCUAUCGUUAUGAAAAAGAAAGGGUUGGAACAGACCAUUUGAGACAGGAGCCUGAAAAGAAAAAGGAGGUUGUUGAUUCUAGUGUUCACAAGCCAGACGACAACAACAAAAAUUUAAUUGGCUUCUACCUGCCAGAAGGAGAGGAGGAGGAAGAAGAUGGCUUCGAUCAAGUUAACGACAAUAAAAGUGAGACAAAAUCCAGCAAAGAAAAUAGCAAUGAGGAAACAAAAGACAAACCUAGAAAUGUUAGUGAAAGUUCAAGCACUUCUAGUGUAGACAAUCAGCAUUUAGUUACUGAAAAUGAUAUAAGUAAAGAAAGUGAAUCAGAAUCUGAUUAUGACACAGCUCAAUCUGAUGAGGGAAAUUCUCAAGUUGAUGAUCUAAGUAAAAAGUUUAAGAAAUUGGAAUGUAAUCCAGAAGAUUUAAAAGUUGAAUGUGGUGAUGACCUUACCAUUGAUGACAUUCUUAAGCCAAUGAAAAAGGACACAUGUGAGAAAGAUGAUGGACAUGAUUCAGGAAGUCAUGAUGAGGAAGAAGAAGAUGAUAAUGAUGAUGAUGAUGACGAUGAUGAAGAUUGUAGUGAAGACGACAGCGGCUGGAUUACACCAAAAAACAUUACAAAUGUUAAAAAACAAAUGGAUUCUGACGUUGUUAAAGAAAAACCAGCAACUGUUGCAUGUUUGACCAUGGAUUAUGCCAUGCAGAAUGUCUUGUUACAAAUAGGGCUAAAUGUUGCCUCAUUGGAAGGCAAAUGUAUCAAACAAAUGAGAACGUUUAUCUUACGUUGCUAUACGUGUUUUAAAACUACAGGUGUUGUUACUAAACUCUUCUGUCCUCACUGUGGAAACAAAACUCUGAAGAAAGUAGCUGUCUCAGUAGAUGACGAGGGCAAGCAGAUUAUUCACAUUAAUUUCCGGAAGCCUCUGACAUCGAGAGGCAAAAAGUUUUCUCUGCCUACGUUCCAAGGUGGUAAACAUGCUUGCAAUCCAAUAUUAUUUGAAGAUCAGCCAAUACCUGAUCAAAGACCAACGAAACUCGGCAGUGCUAAAAAUGAUCCUUUGAAAGAAGAUUACAUUGCUGGCUAUUCGCCUUUCGUUAUGCGUGAUGUCAAUUCAAGAGCCGCUAUGCUAGGUAUCAAAUCUGGUUCUCCUAUGAAGCAUUGGAUGAGAAGAAAUCCCAAUGAAGUUAGGAAAACUAGAAAGUAAAAUAUACAGCAUUUUUUAGCAUUUUUUUUAAUUAAAUGUAUAUUACAAUAGGAUAUUUUUCAACGUUGUAAAUAUUUAUUAAAAGUUUUUCAAAAAACUUAUUGAAAGAGUGUGAAGUAUGGUUAUUGCCAUAAUUACGAAUACAGCACAAAUAAAAUUUUGAAAAACUUGAAAAUA